CCUCUAGCCCCGCCUUCGUCGGUUGUUUUUGCUCCGGUGGCGGUGAGAAGGACGUGACCCGCUCAAGUCUCCUCACCGGCGCUUCCUAUUGGAGGAACAAGGAAGAUGCCGACGUCUCUGAGCUCUGAUUGGUCACUCUGUUCUCCGUGCGCGGCUGACGGGGGCGUGCCGUGGCGCGUGCACAGCAGAAAGAUGGCUGAAAGGAGAGAGAAACAGUAAAUAAAGUCUAAAACCUGUCAGAAGAUCGAGGAACCGAGAGCAGAACCGAACCUGGACCUGCAGCGACCAGAAGCUGCCGGAAACUACCGAACUGAACUUCUCCAUGAAACGCAGCAGACUCCAUUUCCCAUCAAACCUGUGGACAUGGCCAUCAGGAUCUGCCUCGCAAGCUCUCCUCCUCUUCGCUCCUUCUUCAGUAACCAUGACUGUCAGUACGCGCCAGCAGCUGCAGGGCCGAGCUUCCGCCCGCUGCGACCGUGCCUAUCUUCAGGAUGCUGCGACUCCGUCUCCAUGGAGACACCCACCUCUGCACCAAGGAAGAGCCCAAGGAAGAGCGUGGCGUUCGCGGACUCCCAGGGUCUGGCGCUCAGCACCGUCUACGUCUUUACCGAAGACGACCCGUUGGCUGAGCUGCAGUUCCACCUGACAGAGCUGGAGGGCGUACUGGACCUGGAGGUCAAAGACUCAGCAGAAUCAGGUUCUGGCCUGGUUCUGGACUUCACGCCACCAGCUGCAGACUAUCUGGACCUGAGGAACCGGCUCAAAGCCCAACAGGUGUGUCUAGAGACCUGUUUGGUGCAAGACCACCUUCUCUCCGGUACCGUCCAGGUCCGGAACAUCUGCUUUGAGAAGUCCGUCUCAGUUCGGAUCACGUUCGAUUCCUGGAGCUCGUUUCAGGAUGUCCGGUGCCGGUACCUGAACAACGUCUACGGCUGCCCUGACAUCGACACCUUCACCUUCUCUGUCCCCCUCCCUCCAGACCUGGUUCCGUCCAGCCGAGUAGAGUUCUGCAUCUGGUACCAGACAAAAGACCAGGUCCACUGGGACAACAACCUGGGAACCAACUACCGGCUGGCAAUGGCGGACCCGACUGGCCAUCCGGACCGGGCCUCUGGCAGGAGCCCAGGGCGGGAUGUUCCGAGGCACUGCGGCAGACAGAAGACGGACAAGAUGGACUUUGACCCGUUUGGAAGUCCUAGAACUUCGUCGGGGAUCUUCCCUGAGUGGCAGAGCUGGGGCCGGGUGGAGACCGUUGCCCCCUACUGGUGAGCAGGGUUGCUUUUAAUCUGACUGAUUUUUAUCAGGCAGAGAUUCUCCAGAACUGUCCGGAACCAGUCGGAUCUCAACCCAUCCCUGAACCAGCUCCAGGGGAGCGUGUGCUGUCCUCCCAGAGUCACAACUGAACCAGAACUGCUGAAGGAACCUGAUCCAAAGACGCACCAGAACCAAACCGGAUCCAAAUAUCUCCAAACCAGAAUCUCAGGAAGAGUCCGGGUCCAGGAUCAUCGUUGAAUUCUCUGAGCAACAAUGGGGAGAGGUUCCUUGGAAAACUGGACCUUCUGAAAUGUGCAAGAAGAACCUUCAGCAGAACCUCAGUCAGGUUCAAAGGUCCAGAAGUGAUUUCCAGAGCUUAGAACUCCUCAAACCUGAAACGGACCUCAGAUCCUCAGAACUUCAUGGCGGUUCUGAACCAAGACCCAAAGAUCCAUCCAGCUUUGUUCUCGUCUUCUGGACCUUCUGAGACCCAACUGGUCUUUAUGGGCUCAGGGUUCUUUGACAGCGUCUUUAUUUUUUCACCAUCAUGACCAGAACCGGUCCCACAGAUGCCAACCCGCUUCAGAACUGGCUUCUGCAGUUUUAUCAAACGCUUUGGACCCUUGAUGGCGUUCAGUACCAGGAGUCCGUCCCCAAUGUUGAGUUUUAGCCGGUCCUCAAAACAUUCUGGUAUUGGUUCCUGUUUCCAUGGUGACAUGCAGGUCUAUUUUUUCCUUGGAGAAACUUUAUGUUUGGACCGAGGUUCUGAACCAUCUGGACUUCUGUGUCAGAACCAGAACAUCAGGUGGUCCUGGUGUUGAUCCACAGAAAGUUUGAACUUUAAUGUUUCUGUAGAAGCUUUGUUUUCCUCCAUUGCUUGUUGUCAUGGUAACUGCUGUAACUCACCUUCCUGAAGCCUUUAAUUGCUGAACUGCUGCAGUGCCCUUACCUGUGUGUGUGUGUGUGUGUGUGAGAGUGAGACAGGAAGUAUGAAGGGAAGUGUGUGUAGAGCAGGGGUCAUCACCACCGUUUACCUGACCCAGGUGUGUGACGGGUUUAGGUGGCCCUUGAGGUCUGGACUUGGGGACCCAUCUAUGUUCCCAUGGACCCUGAAGGCCUCAUGCUGCAUUCAGAUGUCACUGUAACAGUAUGGUGACAUAAUGUAGCUUCCUGCUCUAACAGGAAGUGAUGUAACUAUGACGACUGACUGAUCCUUUUGUGUUUGUCCUUUAAAAGUUUAAUAAAGUUCACUUUGCUUUUA